UGUGUGGUGCUGUUAGGGCCUCGUUGUGUGUGAGAGUCGCUUGCUGCUUCCUCCCUCUCCUGUGCGGUGCUACAGCGCCGCUCACGAUGGCUGGCGGUAAAGCUGGGAAGGACUCUGGGAAGACCAAGACCAAGGCAGUGUCUCGCUCGCAGAGAGCUGGACUGCAGUUCCCGGUUGGCCGCAUUCACCGUCAUCUGAAGUCCAGGACCACCAGCCACGGACGUGUAGGAGCUACUGCUGCUGUGUACAGUGCUGCUAUCUUGGAAUACCUGACAGCUGAGGUUCUUGAGCUGGCAGGAAAUGCAUCCAAAGACUUAAAAGUGAAGCGUAUCACUCCCCGUCACUUGCAGCUUGCAAUCAGAGGAGAUGAAGAACUGGACUCUCUCAUUAAGGCAACAAUUGCUGGUGGUGGUGUAAUACCACAUAUCCACAAAUCGCUUAUUGGAAAGAAAGGACAACAGAAAACUGUCUAAAGAAUACCAGGAUUCCUUGUUAUCUCAGGACUCUUAAGUACUCGAACAAUUGUCCAGUGUUGGUGAUUCCAGUGGACUGUAUCUGUGAAACACAAUUUUGCCUUUUUGUAACUUGAGAAGCUAAAGCUCGCUGAGCUGUCUAACAAACCAAAUUUCUGCAUUGAAGUCUUAACCAUAUUUAAGUGUUACCAUGGCUUCAAAGAAGCUAUUGUAUUUGUAGUGGGUUUUGAUUGAGCUGACUGUUUUAGAUCGGUUGAUUUUUAAUGUGAAGCAGAAGUUAAAGAAAAUGUUUUGGUUUUGUACAGACUUUUCAUCCACUAGAGUGGAAAUGUUCAAUAAAUGUUAUAUCAGUAG